AUGGCGCGGCUCUUUUGCAUGAUCGGCGCCGUCAUCGCAGCCAUCUCGAUCGUGCAGGCCCAACUCUCAAAGCCGGCUCUGCGCAACAGCCUCGACGCCUUCUGGCCACAGCUGCAAAGGAGGUUGCGAAAUCCCGGGUAUCGCAUCAUCCAGUGGCCGAGGGGAAUCAUAGCACAGGGCUGCAAGGACCUAGCCGGCCGGGAAGGCCUCAACGCAGAGGUCAUUACGACGUACGAGGUGCUUUAUGGUGACUGCAGCAUCCCCUGGCUCCUCUGCCGACACCCAGACAGCAAGACUUCGAUCGAGACCUUUGCGCUGCGCUUCGGCCAGGUUCCCGUGCGGAUGAGGCAGUUCACCAAGGAGGCGCUCUUUGUGCCCGACAACAGCACGCACGCCUACGCGCUGGGCAACCAGCUCGUCUUCUUCAACCAGGUCGACUCCAUCGGCGUGUACCUGCACGAGGUGGCGCACACGGUGGACUUUGGGUCCGGAUACGCGGUCGAGGGACAGCUGGCGGCGAACCAAAUCUGGCUCAGCGCAUACGCAAACGACAGCGCCGUGCCCGACGCGUACGCGCGGUCCAGCCAGGUCGAGAACGUGGCGCAGUUCCCGGCCCUCGCGCUCUUCGACCGCCUCGUCCCCGGCGGCGCGCGCACGGUCGAGUCCAAAGUCGGCCGGAUCGCGAGGCAGAUGGCCACGCUCAAGGACCAGGCGAGGCGGGGCGACUAUGGCGGGAGGCUGCUGGGGCAGAGGGAGUCUUGUAGCGCGCGUCAGCCGGUCGUCGCGACGCACGAAAUGGAAAUCCUGGUUUUUAACGAAUUCAUGGCCGCUAGGGACGAUAGCAUCGAGGCACAGAGGAUGAGGGCGGCAAAGUGUGGGGUGGAAAUCAUGGCAGAGGCGAUGGAU